CGUUCCAGACGAUUGCAUAAAGUAUUAUAGUUAUUGGUAUAAAAGCGCUACAAUUUCUCUAAAAUAACAUUGUAUUCACAACUGCGUUGACUACAAACCACCCAACAUGUCUACCUUCGCCUUCUUGCUCCUCUGCGUCCAAGCUUGCUUGAUUCAGAAUGUAUGCAGCCAAUACCUGCGUGGUCCUAUUGGACCCGCUGUAGGAUGCGAAGCCGGUCUUAUUAGCCCCGCUGGAUUGGGACUGGGCGUUGGUCUCGCCAGUCCCGCUGCUUUGGGCUAUGGUGUUGGUCUUGCUGCUCCUUGCGGUGUCGCUGCCUAUGGAGGUGCCGGUGUCGGUGAUGUAGCAGUCGGUGGAGAGAUGGGCGUCGCUGGUAACACUCUGGUUGCUGGUCAAGUGCCGAUCCUCGGUGGUGUUGAGUUCGGAGGUAUCGUACCAGCCGCUGGCGCUGUCUCCAUUGCCGGUAGCUGUGGUUGCGGCUGCAAUGGUAAGGGAGCCGACCGCGCGUCGAUUUCGACCAAAUUUGAUUACCAUAAAAACGGUUCUACCGCAGCUUCCGGCAAUGGAGACAGCUCCGGCAGCUGGCACGAUGCCUCCGAAUUCUACAGCACCGAGGAUUGGUACCUGACCAGCUACCAACGUGCUACCACCGACAGCCAUCUCUCCGGCGACGGCUACAUCACCAACACCAGCACCACCAAAUUUAGUAUAAAAUGUAAUAGAGCUCAUAAUGUAACCAUUCACAAUUUUCUGUUGACAUUAAACAUGUUCAAGUCUGUACUUUUGGUUUGCGCACAAGCGCUCUUCGUCCAGUCCAUCGCUGGACAAUUCAUCGGAGCUGGCUGUGGCGCUGGUCCUUACGGUUUCGCCGGUACUCUUGCCGGUGGUUGUGGCUGCGGAGUUGCCGUCCCUGCCUCUAGCGGUGGUGGUCUCGGUGUCGCUAGUGCCUCUCCUAUCUCACCAAACGGAGUAUCUGUGCUCUCAGAAAACGCUAUUGAAGGACCUCUCGCUGUAGCCGGUGCUCUGCCGUUCUUGGGAACCGUCGCUCUGGAAGGUGUUCUGCCAACUGCUGGUGCUGGUGCUGUCAACUACGGAUGCGGUAACGGAGCCGUCGCCAUUGUGGAGGAACUCGCUCCCGCUGGCCUUGCUGGCCCACUCGGCUACGGCCUUGGUCCUUAUGGUGCUAUUGACGGUAUCGGCUAUGGCAUCGGUGGCCUAGCUGGACCUUACCGUGCUGGUUGCGGUUGUGGUGCCCUCAUCUAAAAAGUUAUGCGUAUUAAGUGGACUCAAUAAAAAUUGGAUAUCUCAACAUGCA